GGCAAUUCAUCACGACUCCCGCAAGCAUUUUCAGCUCGUAGCGUUUCGGAAAAGUUUCGAGUACCGCUCGUGAUCGUUUCGCUUCCGUGCUCUGACGUUGAAGAAACGCCGGCGAGAUAGAUGACGGUGAGAGACAGUCGGAUCCCGAGCUCCGACGCGGACAAGAAGAAGACGAUGCUGCCGCAGGGACUGGCGGCGGAGCUCGGCUCCGCCGGAACUGGGGCUGCGGUGGACCGCGAUCAGCCGAUCGAUCGCCGGAGAUCGUUCGGGGCGGCGAAGUCGAAGGUGUCCGCGGAGAGCGGAGGAUCGUCGGAGGAGAUGGAGUCGCCGCGGUCUCUGGCGGGGAAAUGGAUGCUGAGGGCGGAGAAGAAGCUGGGGUGCUUGCACAGCCAGGUCCUGAGGAUCAGAGAGGAGGAUCUGCACCUCGGCGAAGAUAUCGGCGAAUGCCUCAGCGCCAAGGACAAGGUCGUCGGCAGCAGCAGCAGCGCGGUCGUGGCGGCGGCCUCGCGCGCGGACAUCGUGGUCUUCUCGCGGCCGAUCUUGCCGUGCUCGCCUCUGAGCGGCAAGGUCAACCCGAUCCAGUCCGUAGGCUGAAGAGACAACAAGGAGUUCGUGCCGUCACGAGAUGAGAGAAGAUGGCGAUGAGAGCUAAGAACGACGAGGAGGAGCUGGGAGAGUUAUGGAGCGUCGUCUUGUUCGCUGACGCAGGAGAGGGAGACUGUUGAGUGAUCGUCGUCUGGUCGUCUGCCGUUUGUAUAGAGGUGUGAGAGGUGUUAAGAGACGAGAUGAUUUCAAAAAAAAAAAAAAGGAAGAAGAGGAGGGAAGAGAGACGAUGAUGAUGAUGAUGUACAGUGAAGAGGUAUGAGAAUUUGUGUACAUGAUGAACUUUGAGACACGCCUGAUGCGCCCCCGAUCGGUCUCCAAUCUCCAAUUGCCUCCGUCGUUCCGUGUAGAAGAGAGCAGAGCGCAACGAACCGAACGAUUAAAAAGCAGCAAAUUUCGAUGAACGGAAACCGUAUAGAAAACAGAGAGAAAACCUGUCGUGCCAAAUUGGACUAAAAAGCUCGAAAAACAUGAAAGCAUAAACGGACGACGAUGGCCUAUCAGCACUAGAAAUCGCGUGUGGAGGGCCCGCCCGAACAACUGAUCGGCCCUCCCUUUUUGGGCGGAGCCCAAGCUUUGACAGAGAGCCGUCCCAAUCGAUGGCCGGGCCAAGUGGGCUUCCGGGUCCACGAUGGUCAGGACUAGUGGGGGGGUGUUUCUGCCGCAGGACUCUGACCCCGGGCCCAGCCCAUCCUUACCAAAAUGGACCUUUUUGAAUGCCGUUUCUUGGCCUUGAAAGAUGAAUGAUGAACCCCGUCGGGUUCUCUCCUUUGUUACUUCCCUUCUGCGCCGAAGCAAAGAGCCGGUACUUGCAUCUCAGUCCCAUGAUUAUGUCGAGGACUUGACCAAAUUCUACUAUUUGAUGUUUCCAUAUAUGUACCAAGAAAGUGUACUUACUCCCUUUUUCACUUACUGAUGGGCCGUGUCAUCAUUAUUGGCGAGCGACAUGUCCAUUUUACUUUUUUUU